CAGGCAGCCGCCAUGGCUGAGCCCCGGGGCCCCCUAGACCACGGAGUCCAGAUUCGUUUUAUCACGGAGUCAGCGGGUGGUGCCGAGACGGGCACCCUGCGCCACGGUGUACGGCGCCCAGCCAAGGACGCGAGAGCCAGCACCUAUGGGGUUGCCGUGCGCGUGCAGGGCAUUGCUGGGCAGCCCUUUGUGGUGCUCAACAGUGGGGAGAAGGGUGGCGACUCCUUCGGGGUCCAAAUCAAGGGGGCCAACGACCAAGGGACCCUGGGAGCUCUGAGCUCCGACUUGGAACUCCCCGAGAACCCCUACUCUCAGGCCAAGGGGUUUCUUGCCUCCUCGCAGGGCAGCGCGUCUGAUGAGGAGCGUGGGACCCGCUGGGAUGGAAGGCUAGUCCGUUCCCAGUCCCAGGCCUCCUUGGCGGUCCCUGCCCCCAUGGCUCCGAGCAACAGGAGCGCCAGCCUGCUGGAGUUAGCCCCCCAAGGGGCGCCCCCAGCUAGCACCAUUGACACUGCUCCCCUGUCUUCUGUGGACUCGCUCAUCAGCAAGUUUGACGGUCGCCUUGGGGGCCAGGCUCGGGGCCGGACUGGCCGCCGCACACGGACGCUGCCCCGUGAACAGCGCAAGCGGAGCCAGAGCCUGGACAGCCGGCUCCCACGGGACACCCUCGAGGAGCGGGAACGCCAGUCCCCCAGUGACCUGUCCUCCAGCACCAAGUAUGACGGCCGUGUGCACAGCUCAGAACAGUCAGCCCAGAGCCAGAGCCCUCUCGGUGGCUUUAGCCGUUCCCGGCAGACCCAGGACUGGAUCCUCCAGAGUUUCGAGGAGCCACGCGGGAGAGCACAGGACCCUGCCACGCUGCAGUUCAAGUCAACCCCAGACCUCCUCAGAGACCAGCAGGAGGCAGCCCCACCAGGCAGUGUGGACCACCUGAAGGCCACCAUCUAUGGCAUCCUGAGGGAGGGAAGUUCAGAAAGUGAAACCUCUGUGAGGAGGAAGGUCAGUUUGGUGCUGGAGCAGAUGCAGCCCCUGGUGAUGGCCUCUCCUGGUCCUGUGAAGGCCUUGGCAGGGCAGGGCGAGCUUGCCCAAACAGUGGAGGAGCUACAGCAGAAGCUGGAUCAAGAGGUGAAGAAGCGGCAGAGGCUGGAGCCGUUGCGGAUGGGGCUGGAGCUGCAGCUGGAGGAGAAGGCAGAGGAGUGCAGCCGACUGCAGGAGCUGCUGGAGAGACGGAAGGGGGAGGCCCAGCAGAGCACCAAGGAGCUACAGAACGUGAAGCUCCUCCUGGACCAGGGAGAACGCUUACGACACGGCCUGGAGUCCCAGGUGAUGGAGCUGCAGAGCAAGCUGAAACAGGCCCAGGGUCCAGAGCCUGCUAAGGAGGUGCUAGUGAAGGACCUGGUAGAGACCCGGGAGCUUCUGGAACAGGUCUUGGAGGGGAAGCAGCGGGUAGAGGAGCAGCUGAGGCUGCGUGAGCGGGAGCUGACAGCCCUGAAGGGGGCUCUGAAGGAGGAGGUGGCCUCCCGUGACCAGGAGGUGGAGCAUGUCCGGCAGCAGUACCAGCGAGACACAGAGCAGCUUCGCCGGAGCAUGCAGGACGCCACCCAGGACCACGCAGCACUGGAAGCUGAGAGGCAGAAGAUGUCAGCCUUGCUGCGAGGGCUGCAGCGGGAGCUGGAGGAGAGCUCUGAGGAGACAGGGCAUUGGCAGAGCAUGUUCCAGAAGAACAAGGAGGAGCUGAGAGCCGCGAAGCAGGAACUCCUGCAGCUGCGGAUGGAGAAGGAGGAGAUGGAAGAGGAGCUUGGGGAGAAGAUAGAGACCUUGCAGAGGGAGUUAGAGCAGGCCCGAGCUGGUGCUGGAGAUGCUCGCCAGGCUGAGGAGCUCAAGAAGGAGCUGCACCAGACACAGGAGGAGUUUAAGGAGCUGCAGGCAGAGCAGCGGAGCCAGGAGAUGGCUGGGCGACACCGCCAGAGGGAAUUGGAGAAGCAGCUGGGUGUCCUGAGGGUCGAGGCUGAUCGAGUCCAGGAGCUGGACCAGCAGAACCUACAGCUACAGAAGACCCUCCAGCAGCUGAGACAGGACUGUGAAGAGGCUUCCAAGGCUAAGAUGGCAGCGGAGGCAGAAGCCGCAGUGCUGGGGCAGCGUCGGGCAGCAGUGGAAACAACGCUUCGGGAGACCCAGGAGGAAAACGACGAGUUCCGACGGCGCAUCCUGGGUCUGGAGCAGCAGCUGAAGGAGGCGCGAGGCCUGGGGGAGGGCAGGGAAGCGGUGGAGGCGCGACUCCGCGACAAGGUGCAGCGGAUGGAGGCAGAGAAGCAGCGGCUCGAAGAGGCCCUGGACACAGCUCAGGAAGAAGAAGGGAGCCUGGCAGCAGCCAAGCGGGCACUGGAGGCCCGGCUGGAGGAGGCCCAGCGGGGGCUGGCCCGCCUGGGGCAGGAGCGGCAGGCGCUGAGCCAGGCCCUAGAGGAUGAGGGGAAGCAGCGCGAGGCACUCCGGCGGGACAAGGCGGAGCUGGAGGAGCAGAAGCGUCUGCUGGACAGGACCGUGGACAGACUGAACAAGGAGCUGGAGCAGACUGGGGAGGGCUCCAAGCAGGCCCUGCAGCAGCUCCAGGCCCAGCUGGAGGAUUACAAAGAGAAGGCCCGGCGGGAGGUGGCAGAUGCCCAGCGCCAGGCCAAGGAUUGGGCCAGUGAGGUGGAGAAGGCCUCUGGGGGGCUGAGCCGGCUUCAGGAUGAGACCCAGAGGCUGCGGCAGGUGCUGCAGGAAUCCCAGGCCGAGCGGGACACGGCCCAGCUGGACAAAGAGCUGCUGGCCCAGCGGCUGCAGGGCCUGGAACAGGAGGCAGAGAACAAGAAGCGCUCCCAGGACGACAGGGCUCGGCAGCUGAAGGGCCUUGAGGAGAAGGUCUCCCGGCUAGAGGCAGAGUUAGAUGAAGAGAAGAACACUGUGGAGCUGUUGACGGACCGAGUAAAUCGUGGCCGGGACCAGGUGGACCAGCUGAGGACAGAGCUCAUGAAUGAGAGGUCCGCUCGCCAGGACCUGGAGUGUGACAAAAUCUCCCUGGAGAGACAGAACAAGGACUUGAAGAACCGGUUGGCCAGCUCAGAAGGCUUCCAGAAGCCCAGCGCCAGCCUUUCUCAGCUUGAGUCCCAGAAUCAGGAGUUGCAGGCGCGGCUGCAGGCCGAGGAGAGGGAGAAGUCAGUUCUGCAGUCCACCAACCGAAAACUGGAGCGGAGAGUUAAAGAGCUGUCUCUCCAGAUUGAUGACGAGCGGCAACAUGUCAAUGAUCAGAAAGACCAGCUAAGCUUGCGGGUGAAGGCCCUCAAGCGGCAGGUGGAUGAAGCGGAAGAGGAGAUCGAGCGUCUGGACAGCCUGAGGAAGAAGGUCCAGCGUGAGCUGGAGGAGCAGCAUGAGGUCAAUGAACAGCUCCAGGCCCGGAUCAAAACCCUGGAGAAGGACUCCUGGCGCAAAGCAUCUCGCUCAGCUGCUGAGUCAGCCCUCAGACACGAAGGACUGAGCUCAGAUGAGGAAUUCGACAGUGUCUAUGACCCCACAUCUAUUGCGUCUCUGCUUACGGAGAGCAACCUGCAGACCAGCUCCUGUUAGCUCAUGCUCCGCCAAGGCCCAGAAACCAGGCUCAAGGCCUAUCCUGGCCAGCCCCGCUCCGCCCUGUCUUGCUGUGCCUUGCCCAGCCCUGGAGUCCUCAUUCCUCUCGAUGACCCAGUUAUUCAGACCUGAGACAGGAGGCGUCUGAGUGAUGGCGGUGAAAAGGCAUCAGAGCUAAGCUGAUAGAUGGACUUGCCCUUUCCUUUGGAGGGGUGGGUAUUUUAGGCCAACCGAGUCCUUCCCUUAUUUGUCGACCCUUCCCUCUUCUCCCUCGUGGAAGGAUGGUGGGCAUAUAGGCAGAGGAGGACUGAGCAGGAUAAGAAGGGAUAGACAUUGCCAUGUAUAUAAAGCUGUAUCUCUUCAGCUCUAAUCCUAAGGCUCAGGGAAAUCCCCUCUGCGAUUCUGCUUCCGACUCCCGAAACCCAUGUUCCUCCCACUCUGGAGGAGGAUGGAGGUGGGCAUCAUGGGUAGUGGACAUGCUGGCGUGGCUCUGCCAACUUAACACACGCUCCUCUUUGCACAGUUGGGGGUCCACGAGGUGGUCCCUGUACCCCGCCACUUCCU